UCAAAUAUUUUGUUAUUAAUAAUUAUUUAUUUAUUAUUCCCAGGAAUUUGAAAUCUCAAUUGAUCACCGGUGGCAGCAGCACGAAAACAUUUUAUUUUUUCAUCCCUAAUCGUUCGAAUUUUCUCAUUUUCGCGAUUCAAUUCCAUUUAAUUAUCAGUCAAUGAUAAUUUCGGUAAUUAGGAUAAUUGGAGGUGAAUCGAUUAUUAAUUUUUUGUGGAGAAAAAAAGUGAAUCGAGUCAUAAAACUCAUAACCUAAGACGACCAACUGCAUGAUCACGUGUAAAUCUCGUUAAUUAGGAUUUUUAAUUAUUGUGUGAUAAUGGGGAUUGUUACAUCAAAGAUAGUAAAGACUGCGAAGACAUAUAAUGUCACAGAAAGAGCACAAAAAGUUAUCAGCAAGCAAAAACCGACUCCAGCCCCGAGUUAUCCAUCCACUGCAAAGCAGAUCGAAAUCGCUGAUCAAAUUGAUCCCCAAUUCAUGGACAAUCAUUAUAAACAAGAUCCAGUGUUUCAGGAUCGAUUGAAACAGAUUUUCGUGACGUCCAACGUCCAGUUCGCUAAUGACCAACAAAAAUCAGAAAAAUCAUUGCCACAAAAUACGAAGGGAUCUAAAGAAUGGGAUUAUGGGUUUUGGGAGCCUGAAAAAGCUCAGGAAGGAAAAGUCCUUCUAAAAGAUGCGUUAAAGUUCAUGGCUGACAACAUCACUGAUCCUGAGUUAAAUAACGCGAAGACAAUUGCUAAGCAGUACAAAUUAAAUCAGAAAGACGUGGAAAACAUUCUGGAAUACUACAGAGUCUUCCAUAUAAUAGUCACACCCGAGGAGGCCCGACCUGGGUACAUCCAGCCCCCGAAGUUUGCCCAAUUUCUGGGGAAAAAUUCUAGUAAAUAAUCGCCUCAGAAAGAUUAAUUAUAGCAGAAAAAACUAUUUCAUUUAGUUAAAAAGGGUCAAACCCACUCUCUUCUAUUUACUAGUUGUAUCAAAUAUUCUCCCGGAGAAUACUGUACAUAAUAAA